AUGGUUCUGAGCGGAUUUGGUCCGAGCGCCUUCACGACUAUCGGCAUCUCUUACAUGGAUGACCAUGCGCCCAAGAAAACGUCCCCUCUGUAUUAUGCUGAUAGUUUCAGGUAUAUCUACGCCUGUGGGUCAGCAGCAGCGGCCCUGGGUUAUGUGGUCAGCUCCGUCCUCCUGUCCUUCUUUGUGGACUUCGACAGAGUGGACACCGCUUCAGUCACCAUCAACCCCUACGACUCCCGGUGGAUCGGCGCCUGGUGGCUGGGGUUCCUGUGUGUGGGCGUGCCGCUAGUUAUUGUCUCCUUCCCCUUCUUCUGCUUCCCCAAGUCUCUUCCAGUCCCGCCCGAGGAGGAGGAGGAGGAGGAGGGACAUGACAAGACCGUCAAAGAGGAACCGCGAAGUACUGAUGACCCGGGGAUUAUCAAAGGGAUAUUCGUGCAAGGAUGGAGCCUCCUAACCAACGCAGUCUACAUGACGAUGCUGUGUGCCAGUAUCUUUACUGUAGCCUUACUGCAGGGCUUCACCCUCUACACACCCAAACUGGUGGAGGUUAACUUCGGCCUGACAGCAUCGGCAGCAAGUCUCUACACUGGGGCCAUCUGCGUCCCCGGUAACAUCGCAGGAGUUCUGAUCGGAGGUUUUGUCACCAGAAAGUGGAAGCUUCGCGGUCUCCAGUGUAUGACGUUUGUCAUCAUCUGCUCCAUCUUGGGAACUUCCCUUGGAGCUCUGAUGUGGUUAACUCCGUGUGACUCCUCCGGUGUGGCGGACGGCGUUCUACAGUCGUGCCUUAGUAGAGGUUGCGCAUGCUCAGAUAACAACCCAAUCCCGGUGUGCGGCGCAGAUGGCACGACGUACUACUCCGCAUGCGUCGCAGGGUGCCAAGGCCUCCAACUACUGAACGGAACAGCAUUCCCGGUAAUAACCUUUGUGAAGGAAGAUUGCCUCCGGCGGAGGUAUUGUUUUGAGUGUAUCUAUGCUGGCGUAUCACAUACAUUGCAAUUUAUGCAGUUUUAAACCUCCCGUCGUAAUGCAGCCAACUUCCCGUUUUUGUAUCUUCU